CCGUCGUCGGGAGCAAAUAGAAUCAGUCUGUAUUAAAAUCUUCCGGCUGAGAGGGCUGAAAAUUUUGAUGACGGCUUAAACGUUGCCUGUGCAAUUCCAAUUCCAACGAGUGUCAAACGUAUUUGAGUUCCGUAUCGCCUAAUAAGGACGCGAAGAAUGGCCGCAAGAUUGAUGACCGCCCAGGCACAGGUGUGCCGUCUGGGCAAGCAUGUGGCUACCGAGGGUGCCAUGGUGCGCCAGUUCCAUGCCUCCUGCUACUCCGCCUCGAAGGUGGCUCUGUCCAAGUUCGACUCGGACGUCUUCCUGCCCUACGAGAAGUUGAACAAGCGCCUGGAUGUGGUUCGCAGCCGCCUGAACCGCCCCCUCACUCUCUCCGAGAAGGUGCUGUACUCCCAUCUGGAUGAUCCGGCCAACCAGGACAUCGUCCGCGGUACCUCGUACCUGCGCCUGCGUCCCGAUCGUGUGGCUAUGCAGGAUGCCACCGCCCAGAUGGCCUUGCUGCAGUUCAUCUCCUCAGGACUGAAGAAGGUGGCUGUUCCCUCGACGGUGCACUGCGAUCACUUGAUCGAGGCCCAGAUCGGCGGACCCAAGGAUUUGGCCCGUGCCAAGGACCUCAAUCGCGAAGUGUACGACUUCUUGGCCUCCACCUGCGCCAAGUACGGUCUGGGCUUCUGGAAGCCAGGCAGCGGUAUCAUCCAUCAGAUCAUCCUGGAGAACUACGCCUUCCCCGGUCUGUUGAUGAUCGGUACUGAUUCCCACACCCCCAACGGUGGUGGUCUGGGCGGUCUGUGCAUCGGUGUCGGUGGUGCUGAUGCCGUCGAUGUCAUGGCCGACAUCCCCUGGGAGCUGAAGUGCCCCAAGGUGAUUGGUGUCAACCUCACCGGCAAGAUCAGCGGCUGGACCUCUCCCAAGGACGUGAUCCUGAAGGUCGCCGACAUCCUGACCGUCAAGGGUGGCACUGGAGCCAUCAUUGAGUACCACGGCAAGGGUGUGGACUCCAUUUCCUGCACUGGCAUGGCCACCAUCUGCAACAUGGGUGCUGAGAUCGGAGCCACCACCUCGCUGUUCCCCUUCAACCAGCGCAUGGCCGACUACCUGAAGUCCACCGGACGUGGUGGCAUCGCCGCCGAGGCCCAGAAGUACCAGGGCAAGGUCCUGUCUGCCGACAAGAACUGCGAGUACGACGAGCUGAUUGAAAUCAACCUGGACACUCUGGAGCCCCAUGUGAAUGGACCUUUCACUCCCGAUUUGGGACACCCCAUCAGCAAGCUGGGCGAAAACUCGAAGAAGAACGGCUACCCCUUGGACAUCCGUGUUGGUCUGAUUGGCUCUUGCACCAACUCCUCGUACGAGGACAUGGGUCGUUGUGCCAGCAUCGCCAAGGACGCCAUGAGCCAUGGUCUGAAGUCGAAGAUUCCCUUCAACGUGACUCCCGGAUCGGAGCAGAUCCGUGCCACCAUUGAGCGCGAUGGCAUCUCCGAGGUGUUCGACAAGUUCGGCGGCACCGUGCUGGCCAACGCCUGUGGCCCUUGCAUUGGUCAGUGGGACCGUAAGGACGUGAAGAAGGGUGACAAGAACACCAUUGUGACCUCCUACAACCGUAACUUCACUGGCAGGAACGACGCCAACCCAGCCACCCAUUGCUUCGUCACCAGCCCGGAGCUGGUCACAGCUCUGUCCAUCGCCGGUCGCCUGGACUUCAACCCGCUUACCGAUGAGCUCACCGGAUCCGAUGGCAAGAAGUUCAAGCUGAAGGCUCCCUUCGGUGAUGAGCUGCCCGCCCAGGGCUUCGACCCCGGCCAGGACACCUACACCGCUCCCCCCGCCAGCGGCGAUGGCGUGAAAGUCGCUGUGGACCCCAAGUCGCAGCGCCUGCAGCUGUUGGAGCCCUUCGACAAGUGGAACGGCAGCGAUCUGACCGAUCUGACCGUUCUUAUCAAGGUUAAGGGCAAGUGCACCACCGAUCACAUCUCGGCCGCCGGCCCUUGGCUGAAGUACCGUGGUCAUCUGGACAACAUCUCCAACAACAUGUUCAUUGGUGCCACCAACUACGAGAACAACGAAAUGAACAACAUUAAGAACCAGCGCACUGGCUCUUGGGGCGGAGUUCCCGAUGUGGCCCGUGACUACAAGGCCAAUGGCAUCAAAUGGGUGGCCGUCGGUGAUGAGAACUACGGUGAGGGCUCCUCCCGCGAGCAUGCCGCCCUGGAACCCCGCCAUCUUGGUGGACGCGCCAUCAUUGUCAAGUCCUUCGCUCGUAUCCAUGAGACUAACUUAAAGAAGCAAGGUCUCCUGCCUCUCACCUUCGCCAAUCCCGCUGACUACGAUAAGAUCCAGCCCACUAGCAAGAUCUCCCUGCUGAACCUGAACUCUCUGGCGCCCGGCAAGCCCGUGGAAUGCGAAGUGAAGAACGGCGACAAGGUGGACAAGAUCAAGCUGAACCACACCCUGAACGAUCUGCAGAUCGGUUGGUUCAAGGCUGGCAGCGCCCUCAACCGCAUGAAGGAGCUGGCCCAGUAAACCUGGGUCCUGGACCUACUUAAGACUCCCUGUCCAGAAUCUAGAAUCCUUGAUCCCUGCCCCUGAUCAUAACCAAACACACUCAGACUCAAAAGGAGACACAGUCACGCAAUGCAAGCAAUCGAGUUAUGGUAUUGUUAUUCAAUUUUUUUCUCAGAAUGUGUAGAUUUUAUUUCGAGUAUACCGAGUGUGCUGUUUUCAAAGUGAAUUAUGUAACCUCUAGAAAUACCGAGCAAUUGUAAAAGUUUUAUAUAUAUACAUAUAUUAUACCCAAUUGUUUUUAAUUCUUGCUAUGUAUGUUGCCUUCGAUAUUGAUUUUGUUUUUUGCGAAUUUGUCCAACUGCUCUGAAUUUGGUCACGACGAUGAAUAUGAUAUAAAGUGCGAAUAAAACUCAGAAUGAUACGUA